UGUGCGCAUAUUAGCGUCUGUAAGGUUUAUUCAUAUGUGUAAAAAGACGUAUUUUGUAUUCGUCUGCAUAAAGGUUAUUUGUACAUAAAAUAUAUAUAACUUAUAAAUGUUUGACAUUUUGUGCUGUAUUGUUAUGAGUUGCUGAUUUUGUUGUGGUGAAUCUGCGCAGUGCGGUGUGUGGUUGUCUGGCAUGAAUACAAACAUACGGCUUCACGUUGACAUUUGUAAAGUGUGUUAACACGUGUGGACGCUGCAGGUAGUGUGAGUUAUGAGUUAUGGUAUGAUGGCCGUGAAUAUUGAAAGGUUUGUCACUGAAGGCAAAGGGAACGGAUUACGUGCUCUGCGUGAAAUCAAAGUCGGAGAAGUGAUUCAUUCGUGCAAGCCUUUUGCAUUCUGCAUUGCGAAGGGUUUCUUGAUAACGACCUGCCAGAACUGUCUCAAGAGGGGUGAAAGCUUAUUAAGAUGCUCUCAGUGUAAGACGGCCCGUUACUGCAGUGCUCAGUGUCAGAAACAAGCUUGGUCCGAGCACAAGAGAGAAUGCAAAUGUCUGAAGCGCCUCCAGCCCAGAAUCCCCACCGACUCCGUACAACUGAGCGCCAGAAUCAUUUUUAAACUGCUUAGCCAAUCAGAAAGCGACAAGGAUGAGCUGUAUUCGAUAUCUGACCACCAGUCUCACCUGGAGGAUAUGUGCGAUGAGAAGAAGGAAGGUCUGGAGCAUCUCUGCUCUACCCUGCAGGUUUAUCUCAGUGAGGCAAACUGUGAUUUUUCUCAGCUUCCUCCAGGCCUCGACCCCAUCAACCUGCUCGCCAGAGUGACCUGCAACUGUUUCAGCAUCAGUGAUGGAGAACUGCAGGAUGUGGGGGUGGGCCUUUAUCCCAGCAUGUCUCUGCUGAACCACGACUGCCGGCCCAACUGUGUCAUGAUGUUUGAGGGCAAGACACUCAAGCUGCGAGCCGUCCGGGUCAUCAGAGCCUGCGAGGAGUUGACUAUAAGCUACACCGAUGUCCUCGCGCCCUGCCAAGAGAGACAUUCCCAUUUACAAGAGCAGUACCACUUCUUGUGUCAGUGCAAGAGAUGUAGCACUGAGGACAGGGACUGUGAAAUGCUGGCGGGAGAGAAGUCUGCGUGGAUGGCCCUGAGAGACUCCAUCCCUCACCUGCAGCAGCUUCAGUCAGAGAAGCAUUGGGAGGCAUUGUUGAAAGAGAGCCAGACUCUUCUACACAGAUAUGCAGAUGUUGUUCCGGACAAGAACAUCUAUGUGCUCAGACUGCUGGAUCUGGCCACGGAUGCCUGCAUCAGUUUGGAUGAUUAUGAGAGAGCGCUGGAGUAUGGCAGUAGAGCUCUCCAGCCGUACAAAUUCUACUACUGUGAUCCUCAUCCAUCCAGAGCCGUGGAGCUUCUGCGAGUGGGGAAGCUGCAGCACUUCUUGGGUAGCGUAGAGGAAGCUCAGAGAAGCUUCACACAGGCCUAUGACAUCAUGAAGGUGACCCAUGGGGUGGAGCAUGCCCUGACUAAUGAGGUGUGCAAGAAGCUGGGAGAGUGCCAGGCUGAAUUGGGACGGGUCUAGCCUGCUCUGUGCCGAGGCAUAUCCCUGUGUCAUCAUCACAUCGCCUGAAGACCGGCUUGAGCACAGACAUCACAGCACAUCUCCAGACCCCCCCACCCCCGUCCUCCAGCCUCUGACAUGCUGGCUGUCAAUCAGCGCUCUGCUAAAUUUGCUAUCAAAUGGAAUUUUUCUGGGUGGCUGUGUCUGCCACCUGCUUUUGUGCCGCCGUGUAUCCGACCAGCUGGCUGGAAUUAAACAAAAAAAAAUGAAUGAAUGAAUAUUUUUACCCGUAUUUUUUAGCGCGGCAGAGUGAUGAUCGGCAUUGCUCUCUGCUGAACAUUAAGUUUUUAUGUAAUGCAAUCAAAGUGGCUCCACUGAGCCGUUCAUUUUCAAACACUGAGUUUAAAAAAUAGGUUGUUUUUUGGAGAUUCAGCUUAAAGACAUUUUAAUCCAACAACAAAAAUUGGGAAGGAUGAUGAGAUUAUGUGAAGAUCAAUCUGAAGCAUACAUGAUUACAAAAGAUGGCACAGAAAUUCACCGGAAAAUGUACAUUCUCAUAAUUGACUCAUUAAUUCAGAUUAAAUUUAUAUUAAAAUGUUGUCAGGAGUUCAAGUAUCUGGGGGUCUUGUUCACGAGUGAGGGAAGGAUGGAACGGGAGAUUGACAGACGGAUCGGUGCAGCUUCUGCAGUAAUGCAGUCGCUGUACCGGUCUGUCGUGGUGAAGAAGGAGCCGAGCCGCAAGGCGAAGCCCUCGAUUUACCGGUCAAUCUACGUUCCUACUCUCACCUAUGGUCAUGAGGAUGCCCUCUGGACGCCUUUCCGGGCAUGUCCCACCGGGAGGAGACCCCGGGGAAGACCUAGGUCACGCUGGAGAGACUAUGUCUCCUGGCUGGCCUGGGAACGCCUCGGUGUCCCCCUGGAAGAGCUGGAGGACGUGUCUAGGGAGAGGGAAGUCUGCUUAGACUGCUGCCCCCGCGACCCGGCCCCGGAUAAGCGGUAGAAAAUGGAUGGAUGGAUGGAUGUUGUCAUAUUAUCUUCUUAUAUGGGACUCAAGCUUGAAAUGUAAACAAACAGGUCUGAAGAGUUUGUCGAUAUUUUCAAAUCUCGUAGUUUUUUGUAUAACUAGAUAUCAUAAGGAUGUUUUAUGCAUGUUUACGAGAUGUGGAAGAAUCAUACAUUUUUACGUCACUUAAAUCUUGCACUCAGAUCGGUUUGUUUUCAUUUCAAUUAAAAAAAAUAAGCUCAUGGUUUUAAUGGUUAUAGUCAAUAUUUUUACAUAAAAGGUACAGGCAAGACAGAAAAAUGUAAGACAUACUGUUCGCAGAAAUAUUCAGAAAUGGGCCGUUCAACGUAUCUUCUCAAAAAGGUUUAUUAGACUUUUGCUUAAUGGUCCUUAAAACCACUUGUUUAUCCAUUUUAAAUGAUUUCAUUUUCAUUAAGAUUUAAUAAUAACAUCAUCAACCUUUGUAGUAAUAUCUAUAUGUUAUGCUUCAUAAAGAACAGACUAAACACA